AUGUACUGCCUGAAUUCGCUGCUCAGUUUACGACUGCUGCUGAUCGCAGUCACCGUGGUAUUCCUUCGAAAAGUCUAUGACGAGGUUCAACGAGAGCUCAGCUUCGACUUGAACGAUGUUCUUUCACCGCCAGCGAUUGAGUGGAGAGCAGUCGAUGUCGAGACUCCUGUCCUCAUCAACAACUCGCUAUACGCUAAACUUCGACUCAAUGAAUUUCUGGCGGUGCCUCAAUAUAGGUGCAACGAAACCCUUCACUUCGGCGACACGUCCGAAUCGUUCACGGCUUGUGGGGAGAAUGGACCGAUAGAACAAGUACUAGUUGUAACUGGUAACACUUUAUCAUCGGGCAAGUUCGAGCGAGAUUUGGCCGCAAAAAGGGGACGUGAGGUGCAUUACUUGACUGAGCUGGACCAGUGGGAUCGUUGGGCAACGUGGGAUAUCGAGUACGCGAUUCGUGGCAGGACCUACGAUAUGGCCAAAUUGGAACUCUACGCCUUUCAAUUUCAGGCUCACGAUCAGCCUAGUGUAAAUAUGACGGCACGUCACUUGGCCUUGACCAUAAACGUGGACUCGGGCAGCGAUUCUGAAACCACGAACGUGCUUGGAGAAUGGUACCGGCUGUUCUACUGGCUGUUCUACUCCCAAGGUUACGCGCUUAUUGGCGCCACAUCCAGCGGAGUUUGUGGACAGGAAAGUCAAAACUGCAAAUAUCGUGUCAGCUUGAUGCGAGUGGACUCGGCUGAAUCCCGUUUGCGGCUCACAGCACCCGUCUUUGGUCUAGGGUCACCGAAGGAAGAGCUGGCGAGGCUAGUGAAUUACCUAAGUGCAGCUGACUGCAGCUACUCCUUUAGCGGAUCUUUUCCGUCCUUCUGCACCAGAAAAUUCGGCGAUGAAAGCAAAGUGGCAUUGAUUACUUCACCUUAUAUGAAUGAGCUUGUACACGCCUCAACAUUCACCGCUUACGGUAUUGGACCACCCAACAGGAACGAGACCGUCGAUGGCAAAUGGAAGCUUGACACCUUAGGAGCCAUAAUGACUCGCAUAUUCGGCGAAGCUGUCAUUGAUCUAUUGCUGAUCGAUAUGAGUGGGGGAGAAGUGGCCAUCUACCCAGAACUGCUGCGCCUAGCCAGCAAGGGCAAAAUCAAUCAAUUGGCCAUUCGUGGGCACUUAUGGUCUGAGGAAAAUGAGAACUACCGAAUGAUCUACUGGAACUUGCGCCAAAUGCAGAAUUACGGGUACUCUCGACGGAUUGGACGAGUUGAUCUGCCUCGUUAUGAUGUGGUUUUCGAGAGGAAAAUAAAGUCUAUAAGAAUCACUAUCUCACCAGCGAUGUAUUUGUGCUGGAACGGAAGCAAAGUUGCUGUGAAGAAAUUCUACGAGAAUCAAAAGGAUCUCGUUGAAGCGUGGAAAGAAGAUGAGAAGCAUCUGCACUCUGCCAAUUCGGAUAAUCAGUUGGCAAUGGCCGAGAGCGAGAAACGAGCGAAG